GUAUAUAUAUCAAAAGUAUGACUGGAUUACUUGCAUUCUGCAUAGUCUUUUUAAUUCUUUAUUGUUUUUUUACUCGAGUAGUACCAAGGCUAUUAGCAUGGAUAGUGAAACGUCGUUAUAAAAUUCACUUGCGAGUAGGCCAUAUAUCUGUACCUUAUUUUAUCUUCCGUGAUGUCAAUGUAACUAAAAAUGGCUUUACAUUGCAAAUUGAAGAAAUAAGCAUACGAAGCAGCUUACUUAGUAGUGACGUAGCAAAACUGUUAGCUGUUGUUAUGAGAGAUGUCAGAAUAAAUAAGGAUAUUCCAGUUGUGUGUGGUCCGACAUGUAAGAUAAAGCAGUCCAAUGAGUUAUUGGAUUUUAGAAACAAGAAAAUACCUCCAAUUAUAAUAAAAUGUGUCCAGUUUACAGCUGUACAUGUAGAAAAUAUUAAUCUACUGGCUCUUGGCAAUGGUUGGUUAGCUAAUGGAAAUGCAGAAAGUUUAAGUUUGGAUGGCAGUAUUGUACAUGGUGCACGCACGCUAUUAGCAUCUGCUUCUAUUGUUGGUGGAACUAUGAAGCUAUUGCGACAUGCUUCUGAUGCAUGUCUCUCUCAAAUAACAUUUGCUGGAACAGUAGAAGCCACGUUUAAAGCUCAAGGAGAGCUUUCGGUUGAGACAUUAUGUAUCGGAGUGACGCAAACUGAAGGAUCUGGCGGUGCAGGUCUUAUUCAGUUCUUGAGAGAUAUAAGUUCACCAAGUACUACAGUUUGUACAUGCAGCAAUGUACAUAAUAAUUCCUCUAAUAACUUAAUGACUAGAAUAGCACCUAUUUUGCCGAAAGAUUUCACUCUUAAAGUCGGUAAUUUGUUGAUAAUAGCUGGUAGAGAGGAUAGUAGUAUGAUAGGUUUGGAAGGUACCUUACGAAGUCUUCAAAUCCAUGCAAAGUUUCAAGCUAGUAGAACGCGAUUGAAUUUUACUGUAGGCCUGGAUGGUUUGUGUGUCCGUGGAAAGGUUCCUAUUUUAACUCUACAUUCGCUAUCAAUCGAUACAAAGAUGGAAGAGAAUAUUUUGUGUGUUGACAUACAACUGAAUAAUCUUUCAAUACUGUAUGAUCAUAGAGACUGGGAAUUGUUGCUAUACAAUAAUGAGAACGACAUUUCAAAGCCUGUUAGCAACAUAUCAUUAAAAGAUAGAUUACCGAGUUUUGAAAUAGCAUUAAAUACUGAGCUAUAUGAUUCUUCGUUGAACAUAAAAUUACCAGAUGUGCAAGAAGCAUCUUGUGGCGUUGCACAUAUGAAAUUUGCCCUGAACUCGUCUACAGACAAAACCAAAAAUUUAAAUACAGAAUUGGUCGUUGAAUCUUUAUAUUGUGCAUUAAAUGGCGCCAAUAACAAUAUCUCCGAAACCUCUCAUCAAUGGGGCAGUCCACUUUCUAUUGGAGUAUUAUUAGCAACAACUCGUAGCAAUGCCAUGGGAAUUGCAGUUGAUGCUCUUGUAACAGAAUGGAGUUUAGAGCUCGCAAAAUUUCUUGAGCAAGCUUACAAGUGUUACAAUAAGUAUCGGCAACCAAUGGAAAAAAAGAAGGAUACAAUAUCGUGCAAUUCUAUCCAAUUGAAUCUUAAAGCAACAAACUGCAAUCUAUUCUUCAUCGCAGAAAACGAGCUAUCUAUAAUGAUGCGUUUAGAUGUGGCGACCGUGGAACAAAACGCAAAGCGAUUCGUAGGCGUAGCAGAAGGUAUGAGUGCGAUAACUCUCAACAAGAACGAGCCAAUCAUGUGCCAACACGCCCAAGCUUUAACGCAUCCGUUUCUGGCAAUACGAAAGUGCAAAGCUGCGAUUAAUUCUGACGCCGUGAACAUUAGUCUUGAUGGGACUAAUUUAGCAUGGAGUCCUAAUUUACAUCUUCGCUUAUUGCAAUUCUGGGUGGAGUCUGAAGAUUUUAGAUCUAUUGUCAGAAAAGAAAUGAGCGUGACUCAUAUCGAUGGUAAUAUCGAAGAAGUGCAGAAAAAGAAACGCGUUUUGGAUUUACUAGCCACAGGUGGAAUCACCAUCUCUAUAGAUAUUUCUACUAAACAUUUCUUAAUACUGACGUCCGAUCAGCUGCGUUGGUCACAGGGCGAAUGGAGACUCACCUACGUUCGAGUUACCCUAGACAUGGCUGAUGUAAUUAUGAUCGAAGGUUUUGAAUUGAUUACAAUAGCCGAUAAUGCAGAAGUACGAGCAGAGAGACAAAGCAACGAGGGUUUUGUAUUGGAUUGGAACGAGUGCUGGGCAGUCAACAUCGAUUCCAUCAAAAUUUGUUUUCCGUAUGAGCAUCAGUUUACAAACGCGAUACAAAAUGAAUUGCUUAGUAUCAGAAAGUGGCUAAAAGAAAUUCAUUCCUCGAGCAUACCUAAACAAGAGUUUUUGCCCUGCGAUUUCAUCAUCAAAAUCAAAGAGUGGACGUUCGAACUCAGCGAUGAUCCGUUUGAGGUACGUCUGCGCGACAAUUACGAGCUACUGGAGGACGAGUACAAAGAGAGCUUGAAACGACAGGCGAUGUUGGAUACCAAGGUACAGGAACUUUGCCGCGCACACUUAUUGCUACCGCAAGGAAAAGUCGAAGAAUUAUACGCCAGCUUAAAUAAGAAAAACGCAGAGAUCUAUGUGCAGAGAUGGAAACAAAUGCAACGAGCAAGCCCCGCGAGGACUCGAUUAUUCGCCUGGACUAUGUUGGAUUUGGAGAUAUUAGCCUUAGCUGAUCCGUCGAUAAAUGGUACGGAAAAGGCAGUGAGAGCACUCCGAGAAAUGGACUCGGAAACACCUUGGCCCGAGGACGGUCUGGAAUUCAACGCCGUAUGGGUCCGCGGUAUCAGUCUGAAAUGCGCCGAGUGGAAGCUUCAGCUUCGCGAUUUCCCGCAGCCACUGCUUCUGGUGGAGAACUUGAAUAUAUGGGGCAGAUUAGCCGGAGCGGAAGCUUUAGCACCACCGAGAGCGAAGAGGACUGUUAGAAUUGAAAUCGGCGCGCCAUGGGAAGAUAUAGUGGUGGAAAGAGGAAUGACAUCUCUCAAAUAUUAUCACGAUCUCAAUUGGGACAUCGACAAAUUCCGAUAUGCGUUCGGUCCAUGUUGGGAGCCGGUGAUAGCACAAUGUAAUCUCAGUUUCGAGAAGAUCCUUCAUCCAUCGAGAGAUCCGAGCCCGCCGUUGCCGUUCUGGGAUAAAAUGCGACUGGCUCUUCAUGGUAGACUGACACUCUGCGUAAAACAACUAACAGUACUGUUGCAUGGCUCUUUGGAUCCCUAUAACACCACGGAAGAGAUGGAGCUCACAUGGACCGGAUUGGAGCUCGACUGGACGCAAGGAAAGAUCAUUAUUAAGGGCGAUCUUGAUGUAUAUGUGCGUACAGCUAGUAAAUACGACGACUGCCGAUUAUUACAUUUGCCUAACGUCAGAUUGAGCAUUAAAUUAGCAUGGGUAUGCCUAGGUGAUCCGCGUGAUCAUCACGCUGCUAUACCUUGUGCUCCAGAUCGAUUGCCCGAAUAUUCGAGCAAUCAGGAACACGAUUCAUUUAGGGCGUUUCGCUCUCAGAACUUGAAUGUCAGCCUCUCAUUGGAGACCAAGCCGACUGGCUCACCUACGUUGACUAGUGCGCCAACGGCACUGCUCUAUGGCAGCACGUUGAGAUGGUUCGAGAAUCUGAAAUUAAUUUUGUCAGGCGCGACGAGACCUACGAGAAAAGGUCCGUUGUUCAAAAACAUUCGACCUAGGAAGAAACAACUCAGCAGACACUAUAGGAAGGUCCGGCUGACCUUAGCCUUCCAUCGUUUCCAUGUCAACUACUGGAUGUCGUUCGCCAUGCAGAGAGGUUUCGAGGUGACUGGCGGUCGAGUUGCCUGCAGCUCGGAGCACAAUCUUGCAUUGCAUCCGAUUGAUGAUGGCCUGGUUCAUCGACCACGGGCAGAAUGGUCCAUCAUAUAUAUGAAUUGCGAACUAAGCGAUGCCGAGAUUUGGUUGAAAAGUGCACUACAGGAAGACGAAGUGGAGAGCGCAUCGCUGCGUCAGCCGGUCGAGAAGUGUUACUGCUUGAGCGUGGCUCGCGUCAGCUACGGCAGGGAGGCGAUGGUUGCUGGGGUGAGUGGCGACACGCCGAUUCACAGAUUGGUUGUACACGACCUGCGCGGCGCCUGGACCAAGACCAAUCGUGAUGUCGCUUUCGCUCUUUUUGAUUCCUUCAUCAAAACGCAGCAACUGAAAAAGAAUCUGUCAACUGCAACAUUAAAGGGUUUCCACAGGGACAACAGCUCGACGCUCAAUCCACAUAAAAAUCGUGCUGGCAGACCGAUCGUGGUCGAUCAACAAGGUACCUCCACGCAGGUCGUAACACCGUCGUCCUCCGUGAAACCGCAGCAAGGCGAGGCGGCGGGAAUGUUGCAGAGAUUGAUAGCAGAAGCCACAAACAAACCAGUGGCUUUCAGCGACGAUCUGUCGGUGCAAACUAGAGGACAGCAACUGCGCGGGCUAGCGGCGUGUCACCAGGACGACGUCUUACAUAAAAACUGGUUAAUUGCUCUAGUAAACAGUCAAGUGCUGUUGAAAGGCAUUGAAACCCGGGGAUACGUGAUUCUCUCGGCAGCCAAAGCGGAAAUACUACAGAGAGUACACCAUCCGGUUUGGAAGGAGCGAUCUCUCGUUCCGAAAACGACUUGGGUCGGCUCGUUAGAAUGCAUGCAAUACUAUGCUACUGUAAGCGCAAAUAUCGACGACAACAUUGAUGACAAUAUCAUGUGGCUGACAUUGGAUAACAUUCAAGAGAAAGAUUCUACUAUCAUAGCCGGUUUGCCGGACGUCCCAGCUCUUGUGGGAUCUGGUCAGAGUGUCGGCGGUGUAGUCAGCCAGACAGUGGGAGGCGGCGGCGGCCCACAGCAUCAAUUGCAACGCAUAGUGUCUCGAUGUAAGUGCGAAUUCUUCUAUGUUGGUUAUGGGCAGACCUUAGAUGUGGGCUCUGUGGACCAAGUGCCAGCUCCGCCUAGAGAAGAAGUCAGCCCGUGGGAAAGGAAAGAUCUAACCGCGGCUGACGCGUUUACCUUGAUGCAUCAUGAUCUAGAUGUGUGCACCAAUUCAUUGCAAUAUGCGAUGAUCCUGGACAUAGUCAACAAUUUGCUACUAUAUGUGGAACCAAGGCGAAAAGAGGCUUCGGAGAGGUUGCAAAGGAUGAGAUUCCAGUUGCAGCUGCAUUCCGUCGAGGAUCAAAAGAGACCGAUACAGCAAUUACAAAACACGGUGCGCGGUUUGGUGGCAAAAUUGAGACGGUUGGAACGCGAGACGUACUUGGUGCAGAAAGCGCUGGCUGACGAGUCCAGUCCGGAAUUACUGACCAAGAUGGAACGUUUGGAAGCGAGCGUAUUCGAAUGUAAGGAACAACUUGGUGCCAAGGCAGAGGAAUUGGACGUCAUGUUGAGUUGUUAUAAAGAAACCACUGCGCCAGCAACAGCAUCAACUACGCUUAAAGACAAGCCAGCCGCGGUGGCCAGGGUAGCUGAAAUUUGCUUUAAACACGCACAAUGGAGACUGACGGAUGCGGACGGUCAGUUGGGUAUCGCCGAUCUUAUUCUAACAAAUUUUCUUUACACGAAAACUAGCAAGACCGAUGACUCGGUGGAACAUCUGCUAGAGCUGGGAUACGUUCGGAUGACGAAUUUAUUACCGAAUCAGAUUUAUACGGAAGUACUUGUACCCACAGAGCUGCAGAGCAACAUGCCUGUGGACCGACAAAGAGCUCUUCGAGUCUUUUGUAGAGAAAAGGCGCCGGUAGCAGGGAUUUCCGUGAAGGAACACUUUGAAAUCAAUGUAGUACCUCUUACGAUAGGUUUAACAAAAAAGUUCUUCAAUACUAUGCUUAAAUUUUGCUUCCCUGAGAGAGAUCCAGAAGGCAUAGAGGAAGCACCGGCACCACAACGUGAUUCAUCCUUCUAUGUACCCAUUGAGAGGAGAGACGAUGUAGAGAAAAUGAAGGAAAGAGCAGACAAGAACAAAUUGUUUAUAUAUAUUAAAAUACCUGAAGUACCUGUUCGCGUAUCAUACAAGGGAAAUAAAGAAAAAAAUCUUGAAGAUGUACGUGACUUUGCUCUGGUCAUACCGACUUUGGAAUAUCAUAAUGUGACAUGGACAUGGCUCGAUUUGCUUUUGGCCAUGAAGAGCGAUUCCAGGCGUGUAAUACUAAGCCAAGCUAUAAAACAAAAAUUGCAAAUAAAACCGAGAGGACCACCUGAGGAAUCUGCACCACAGGAGGAGGACAAGGCUCGUCUUUUGUUAGGUACCAGACAUCUUCCUGGGGACGCGAGAAAAAAAAGCGUGUUUAAAUUUAAGUAAUUCAUGCACCUAAAGAUUCAU